UCUGCGUGUGUCUCUCUCCCCAACGACAUGUGGCUGUACGUAGUGGCCCUCGUGGGCUUGUACUGCCUUGUGCGCUGGCACCGGGAGAGGCAGGUGGUGAGCCACCUCCGAGACAAGUACGUCUUCAUCACGGGCUGUGACUCAGGCUUUGGGAACCUGCUGGCCAGACAGCUGGACAUGCGCGGCUUGAGGGUGCUGGCUGCGUGUCUGACGGAGAAGGGGGCUGAGCAGCUGAGGACCCAGACAUCAGACAGGCUGGAGACGGUGAGCCUGGAUGUCACCAAGACAGAGAGCAUCUCUGCAGCUGCCCAGUGGGUGAAGGAGCGUGUGGAGGACAUAGGACUCUGGGGCCUGGUGAAUAACGCCGGCAUCUCUGUGCCCUCGGCCCCCAAUGAGUGGUUGACGAAACAAGACUUUGCAACCAUACUGGACGUGAAUCUGCUGGGGAUGAUCGAGGUGACUCUGAGCCUGCUGCCCUUAGUGAGGAAGGCGAGGGGCCGCGUGGUCAAUGUCUCCAGCAUGGCAGGUAGAUUGUCUCUUGUAGGUGGCGGCUACUGCAUCUCCAAGUACGGCGUGGAGGCCUUCUCGGACUCCCUCAGGAGGGAGCUUGCCGCCUUUGGGGUGAAGGUGGCUGUAACUGAGCCUGGUUUCUUUCAGACGUACAUGACCAACCAUCAGAGUUUCUGGCAUGUCCAGGAGUCAUGGAAGUGCACCAGCCCUGAGAUCAAGGAGAUCAAUGGCGAGAAGUUUCUAGCAACCUACUUCAAGGCACUAUCUGAAAACCAUUUGUCAACAUACAACCAGAAUGUGUCGAAGGUGACGGACUGCAUGGAGCAUGCGCUGACCGCCUGCCACCCCCGCACGCGCUACUCAGCUGGCUGGGACGCCAAGCUCCUCUACCUCCCCAUGAGCUACAUGCCCACCUUCCUGGUGGACGCCAUCCUUACCCGGGGCCUCCCAAGGCCGGCCAAAGCCCUGUGAAGCCAGAACUGUGGCACUUGUUUGGGUGGGGUUGGAUGCUGUGUGAGCGGUGAUGUGUCCUGGGGAGAGAAAUAGGGUAGAGGAAGGCAGCUGUCAUGUCAUCAAGUCACCUGUCCUACCUCCAUCCUCCCCUCUUGGCCAUGAUUCUCCUGGGAUUUCAUCCGGGACACCAGAGAUGUUAGUAGGAAGGUGCCAAGUUAUGCAGCUGAAGAACAAGAAUCCAAUAGUGCUCCUGGAUGUAUUGUUGCCUUCGGUGGCCACUCAAGGCUCUAAGCCUCUUGGGGCAAUGAUGGGGGGACAAUUAGGGAGAGUGUGAGCUGGGGAGGAUGGCUUAGCCCACACCUUCUCUGCCUGCUGCCCACCUCCUUAGGGUGUGCGUUAGCCUGGUCAGUCUACACCCUCCCAUAUGGUGGAAAUGCUUGAAGGUGAUCCGGGACCUCUCCUACUUCUGAAGAUACCCAUGUACAUGGGGUGGGGAUGGGCAGAAAAACCACUAACCUGGCUCAUCGUCCUCAGCUGGCAACUUAGUGGGCAUUGGCUGGAAGGUGUUCUCAAUAGGGGUCUUUGCAUAAAACACAUAACCGAUGUUUCAUGUGACUUGAACCCACGGAGAUUUUUGAUUAUUUUGCCCUAGAAACACU